AUGCCACCUAAGAAGGCUAAAGCUACAGAGGCAACAAAGCAGCAUGUUGUAGUCAAUGAAGAUGUCAACGCUACGGAAGUAUUGGAAUCUAAAGUGGAAACACCAAAGGCCUGUAUUGAUAAGGAUAGUGGUGAAAAGGUUAAAGGACCAUUAUUAAAUACAGAGACGGUGAUCGUAGGUACCAAUGAAGCCGACGUAGUAGAAAUUCGAGAAGAAUCAGAUAGCAACGAGCCAAAACAAAGGAAUUAUGAUGAAUUAACACAUGAUAAAGAACUAAGGUUUGAAAUGGCGGUUAAUGCAAAACAUGAAAGAUCUAUAUGUAUGGAAGAAUUUCGAAGGGAACUUAGCAUGUUACAGCAUCUAACAAAGGAUUUCGAAACAAAACCAGAAGAGGUAAAUGCAAGAAGGGACAGGUAUGAACAAACAUUUCAUAAAUUUGUUAUUAGUCACGAGAAUUAUAUGCAGCAUGAAGAUGACAUAGAGAAGAAAGACUUAAUGACUGACAAUUAUAAUGAUCAACGCGAUGUCAAACUACAACUAGAUUACAUGGUAGAUCUGUGGCAAACCAAUCGAGAAAGAUAUCUAAAACCCCCAUCAGAAUCUGGAUAUAGUUUGGCAUCUCGUAAAAGCAGAAGUAGUCGAACAUCUAGUAGAAGCAGUGUGAAAGAAAGAAGGAAGGUUAUGGAAGAGGCAAAGUUGAAAAUGCAGACCUUAAAGGAGAAACAGGAGCUAGAGCGCCAACUUGAAGUAGCUGAGCAAAGUAAGACAGAGCUUUCCAGGAAGAUUAAAUUACUGAAUGCUGAAGCAGAGCUAAAGCAGGCAAAGAUUGAUUUUGUUAUUGAUCAGAUUCCAGAUGACGAAGGUGUCGAUGGUAUGAAUGAAUACCUACGAGACUUUCAAGGUCCAACUUGCCCUGAAAAAUCUGAAAUUACCUACCCCAGUCAACCUAAAUUUGUCCCUGAGCACCCACCAACCCCUCAUUCUCCAGCAGCACAGGUACAACCACCUGCACCAUUGCUCCAUAACCAUCCUAGCCCUGAACCCAGACCGGAUGUACCCAACCUAGCGACAACUGAGUCGGACAGAUUCGAUAUUCCCAAAGUAGGACUAGAUGUCACGAGGAAUGAAUUUUAUCCAAAUGCUAAUCACGAAGCCACAAAUACCUUGCAAGAAGAACCAGCGCCGCCACCCCAACCGCAGCUAGAUGUAUGGAACUCCAUAGCACAGGCCAUAAAGGAAGGCCCUUCUUUACCCAAAAUAGAGCUCAUGAGAUUCGGUGGUGACCCCCUGGAAUAUGUAGAGUUUGUGACAAACUUUAAAGAUAACAUAGAAUCCCAAGUUUCUGAUGACUCCCAGCGGUUCACUCGCCUGUUAGCGCAGUGUGUUGGCAAAGCGAAGGAUGCAAUCCGAAGUUGCGUCAACCUUGAUGUCGGCCAGAGAUAUAAGGAAGCAAAGAGUUGUCUUCUUGAAAACUUUGGCCAGCCUCACAUUAUAGUAGAAGCUCAUAUGAAAAAGCUCAGAGAACUUCAAAUUAGAAAAACUGAUGCGAAUGCCUUGAUGGAGUUUGUGCGUCACCUAGAAGAUUCUGAGAGAGCAUUAAAGAGCAUGGGAUCCAGCUACUCCAAUCGAUUAGACAAUGAAGAUGUAAUAGUUAUGUUGAUGAGGAAACUCCCCGAAGAUGGCUUAAAGAGGAAGUGGGUGGACAGAGCUGGAGACCUUAUCAAGAGCAAAGACUAUGUACAAUUCGAUGACUUUGUAAAUUUCUUGAAGAAAGUGGCAGGGCGUAUAAACAACAGGUAUGGGAGAGAGCUUAAGCAAGCCAGUGAAGACAAGAAAUUUCAGAACAGGUCAAGAUUCGAGCAGCAAAGGAGAGUUAACGCAAACGCAAUUCAGGGUGGUUUGAAUAAGGAAGAUACACCUGUAAGAACUGGUC